AUGGAGCUGGAGCGCGCCGUGUUCAAACUGGGCGAGGUGGGCGGCCAGUUCCAAGUCGGGGCCAUCGUGGCCGCGCUGGUCAGUCAGUUCGUGUUCAGGCGGUGGGAGCCCAGUGUGUUGCAGUUCAUAGGCACGUUCGCGCUCUUACACGUGCCCGCCGUCUGGUUUCUCCUGCACGGCGGCGUGCGCAGCGCAGCGUCGCUGGCAUCCCACAUCUUGUCCGGGGAGGCCAUGUAUAUCGGGGUGCUGGGGCUGGCGGUGGCCAGCUACCGCGUCUUCUUCCACCCGCUGCGGCGAUUCCCCGGCCCGGUGCUGCCCUCCAUCUCCAAGUGGUACGUGUCAUACGUGGCGCGCAGCGGCCAGAUCCAGCAGUGGCUCGAGGGACUCCAUCAGCAGUACGGUGACAUCGUGCGGUUCGGGCCCAACGAGCUGUCCUUCAUCGACCCCGAGGCCAUCACGUACCUGCACGGCGCCAAAGGCACCAUGAUUGCCAAAGGACCGUGGUACGAGGGCAAUCCGUCGCGGUCGGCCGACAUCAUGAUCAGCACACGCGACGCAGAGAUCCACCGGUUCCGCCGCCGCUUCUGGGACAAGGGAUUCAGCCUGCCGGCCCUCAAGACGUACGAGCCGCGCCUGAUCGAGCUGGUGCACCAGCUCUGCGACCAGCUGGUGGCGAGGUCCCAGCAAGGUCCGGGGCAGGGUCAAGGGCAAGGGCAAGGGCAAGGGCAAGGGCAAGGGCAAGAGCAGGAGAUCGACAUCACACACUGGAUCGACUACUACUCGUUCGACGCCAUGGGCGACCUCAGCUUCGGCCAGGACUUCGGCAUGAUUCGCGAGGGGCGCACGCACGAGUUCGCGGCCAUGCUGGGCACGUACAUGCGCAUGUUGGCGCUGGUGUCGGCGGUGCCGUGGUUCAAGACGCUGUACCGCACGCUGCCGAUCAACCGACAGGUGAAGCGGGACGGGCUGGCGUUUGCCCGGGCCACGUUCGAGCGGUUCGAGGAGCGAUACAAGCGAGGCACGGACCGCGACGACCUCACCUCGUACCUGCUGCAGCCGGACCCCAAGACCAACGUCUCGCUGACCAAGAAGGAGGUGGGCCAGGAGUCGGUCAUCGUGGUGGUGGCGGGCAGCGACACCAGCAGCGUGUGCCUGACCUACCUGUUCUACUACCUGCUCCGGGACCGCGACAAGUACCUGAAACUGCAGGCCGAGGUCGACCGGCUCUGGGACGGCCGGGGCGAGCUCGACGGCCAGAAGCUCGCGUCCGCCCAGGCCCCCUACCUGAACGGCGCGAUCAACGAGUCGCUGCGCAUCAACCCGCCCGAUCCCAACGGCAACCAGCGCCGCACCCCGCGCGGCGGCCACAGCGUCAACGGCACAUUCAUCCCCGAACACACCCAGGUCAGCGUGCACAAGUGGAGCGUCCAGCGGGACGAGCGCAACUUCUCCCGGCCGCUGCAGUUCAUUCCCGAGCGAUGGAUCUCCGAGCGGGAGCGCGAACGCCUGAAGAUCCCGAACCACAACAUCAAAGCCCUCAUGCCCUUUGGCGUCGGCCAGUACGCCUGUGUCGGCAAGCCGCUGGCCCUGCUGGAGAUGCGCCUUUUCCUGGUCAUUGUGCUCAAGCGCCUGGACAUCCGGCUGGGUCCGUCGUUCAAUCAGGCCGCCUUUGAGGACGGCAUCAGGUCGAACCUGACGCUUCUGAAAGGCUCGAUUCCGGUCAUUGUGAAAGAGCGUCGCUGGUGA